AUGGACACAAUAAAGAUCUUCAACCUCAAGGCUCUUUUUCCCGCAAAUACAAUAGUGAAACACAGGUUGGUAUGGCAGAAACCCUCGGCGAGGCGCCCCGUAAUAAAGAGCGCCGCGGCGGCGGCGGCGGCGGCGGCGGCGGCGGCGGCGGCCGGGAGCUUCGCUUUAAUUCCCGCCCCGCUCGCCUCACCGACAGACACAUCUCGUGGCGCAACAGCCCCGCAGCCCCUGGAAGCACGGGGAAGUCCAGAGCAGUUGCGCAAGUCUUGCCAAGUGCCUGGGGGGCCAUGCCAGGGCGACGUCUUAUGUGAUGGCAGCCCCCACUACGAGGAACUUCAGCAGAACCUGUGUGCCGUGCGCCCACCCGCCUCUAACACCGACAUCAACCCCGCAGGAACCCUUCCUAAUGGCGCCGCUGCUAAGCGCUGUGAAACUAGUGACGCGGAAGCACGUGUGGGUGUGGGAAUGAAGCAUGGUGGGCACGCGGCGCUGAGGACCAGCUGGCCGCGCUCGGCGGACGGCGCGUGUCUCUGGAGAGUGGGCGGCUGGGGAGCAGAGUGGCAGCUUGGGACGCGCGAGGGCGGGUCACGGGAUCAAUGUCGGGGCGCGCUUCCGCCGAGCACGCCGCGACGGCAGCACCGAGGCGGGCGAGCCACGGCUGCGGCCGCGAAGCCCGAGCGGCGAGCACGCCGUUCCGUACCUCCUGCGCUCCGGCGUCACCCCAACUAUCACUGA